CCGAUCAUCCCGGGCCCCUAAUCUCUCCAUCUCGGACCCUCGGCCCGACAUCGUCACCCUCUCUCUACAUGAACGCGUCCCAUCUCUCCAACAACCCAACAUGCAUAGUCACCGCCCACCAAAAUGGCAGACAUGUCAAGCCGGCCAGUAUACCACUUCAUCGCCCCGCGGGGAUGGAUGAACGACCCCUGCGCGCCAGGCUUCGACCCCCGGACCGGACUCUUCCACCUCUUCUACCAGUGGACACCGCACAGUCAUCGCUGGGACCGCAUCGCAUGGGGGCACGCGACGAGCCGCGACUUGCUGCGCUGGACGCACGCAGAGACGCCUGUGAUUGCGCCGGACACAGCGUACGACAAGGAGGGCGUGUUCACGGGCUGCUUCUGGCCUGCGGGGCCGAAAGGCGAGGACGGCCUCACGGUUGUUUAUACGAACGUGUGCGCCGUCCCGAUUCACUACGACAAGCCUUAUACGAGGGGAUGUGAGGGGCUCGCUCUCGCCACCUCUGAGGAUGGCGGCGUCACUUGGACGAAGCACUCCGCCAACCCCGUGCUCCCCGAGGAGCCGGUGGGGCUUGACGUCACGGGCUUCCGCGACCCUUUCCUCGCGCCGUGGCCAGCGAUGGAUCGCGCGCGGGGGACAACGGGGCGGCUGUACGGUCUCAUCUCCGGCGGUAUCCGGGACAUCGGCCCUUGCGUGUUCCUUUACGAUGUCGACCCCGCAGACAUGACCGCGUGGACGUACCUCAGUCCCAUCACCUUCCCCUCCUACAAGACAGGCCUCUGGGGCGGCGACCUCGGCGUCAACCUCGAAUGUACCAAUUUCCUCACGCUCGCGGCUGGAAGGAUCGAGCGCGAAGUGCUGGUCACGGGCAGCGAGGGCGGCGUACCCCGCUUCGGGGAGGCACGUGUGCGACGCGCCCCUUGGGUAAUGGGUACUCUUGCGUCUGAGGGGAACGAGGUGGGCAUGCAGAGAAGCGCCGCGGGCGUGGUCGACUGGGGCGCGCUGUACGCGUUCAACACGUUCGAGCACAAGGGACGGCACAUCCUCUGGGGCUGGCUAAUGGACGAGGAGCUGCCGGACGCGAUUCUUGCCAAGCGGGGGUGGACGGGAUGUCUCGGCGUGCCGCGCGAGUUGUUCCUCGCGUCCUAUGCUGGUGUUGCAAGCGCCCUCGCAAGCAAAAUCGAGGACGUGGGGUGCUUUGAGCGUUUACCCUCCGGCGAGGUGGUAACGCUCGGCAUGCGCCCGGUGACAGAGCUCGCCAACCUACGAGGAGAGCGCGUCGCCUCGGCGACGGGCGGCCCGAAAUUGCAGCUCGACGCCCCGCUCACGAUGGCCAUCAACCUCGAGGUAGAGAUCACGGACGAGACUGAGGCGGUGGAGCUGCGUGUGCGCUGCUCAAGAACUGUGCAUACGAGCAUCAUCUUCUCUCCUCAAGCGGAGGUGAUACGGGUUGUGCGCGAGCACUCAAAUGCGCAACCCGACAUCCGGAAGAGCACGGAGGAGGGUCGCUUCACCCUCCUCCGCAUGCCGGAGAUCGAGAAGCUCCAGAUGAUAAUAUUCCUGGACGCCGACGUGCUCGAGGUAUUUGCAAACGACCGGUUCGCACUCUCGACACGCGUGUACUCGCCUAAGGAGGCUACGGGGGUGGAGUACGAGCACAAGGGGCUGGCGCGGGUUGAGCGCCUCGAGGUAUGGGAGAUGCAGGCGGCGGAUGCGACAUAGGUGACUAUGAUCAUAUUUAUGAAAGUUUUCGUGUGUGGUGUUGAUGCACUGCACUAGCC